GUGGUAGUUUCAUCGAAUUAAAUGUUGCAUUGAUCUAAACCAGCGAUUGGAAAUAGCCGUUUGCAGUUUGUGAUGUAAAUCACAUAAAUUCAUUGCGUCGAAAAAGCUGACAAAAUGGACGAACGUUCCUUACGAAUGGCACGAUUGAGCGACUCCGACUAUUCGGAAGAUUCAGAGGACAACGUCGAUUACUCAUCUGACGAAAAUGAUACGGAUUCCCUUCCAGAUAUCGAACAGGAAAUCAUCAAAAUAAUUGGUAAAGAAAUAAGCGAAAAAAGAAAUUUAAAAGCAGUGAUUUUACUGAUUGGCGAUAGAUUCAGAAAUGCGAUCAGUACUACCGACACACGGAUCAUAACACAACAUUAUAUUUCAAUUUGUGGUAGAUUUUGGAAAAACGAGGUACGCGAUUAUCUGCAAAAAAUUGAACGAAGUAAGAACACAUCCGUCAUUAAUAAUGUUUUAGGUGCUUUUCAUAGCAUUGGGGGCCUAUGUAAGGUUCACGAUCCGUUGAAAAAAGGAGCAUACUACAAUCUUUUAAUAGAGCAUUAUGAGGCGAUCUCAAACGAAAACGAAGAAUCGCUCAUGUGCUGGUAUAAAAACGAAUGUUACCAGUAUAUUAAAAAUUCAAGCAAUGCCAUGAAAAUCGAGGUAGCAUUACUAGAAGCAUUGCUUGAUUUUCUACAUUGCUUUAAAAGCAUCAAUUCAACCUAUCUCUUGCUUUACCUUAAUGAGUUUUGUCUUGGAAAAAUAACCGUCAAUGAAAUGAUUGCUAAGAUAGGGAGCAUGAAAGAUCAAUACUCGGAGGAUAGAUUUCGGAAUUUAGAAACUGUUGCCUCAAGGUUGGAAUGUAACAACACUCUAUAUUUGAAAAAUGAAUUCAAUGAAGCUUUGAGCAGUUAUUUGAAACCAGUUAAAGUAUCAAAAAAAGCAAUAGAUGCACGAUCAAUCAUCGAAAUCACUGGAACAUACAUAGUUGUUAGCGAAUGCUUAAAAAGUGUCGAACAAACUUUACAAACAGAAAAGGCGGAGGGGUCGGAGGUCCACGAGGUUCAUUUCGUAGCAACUCUCGUAGUGCACAUUGACACUGAUUUCCAAAAAGAAAUUUGGCAUGGCAAAAACAUCGUGGUUUGCACGAGAAUGGUCAGAGUGCAUGGGUCUAUAACUUGGAAUGUAUCAGGUGAAAAUGCAGACCACAUUUACACUACUAACGCUGGAACGAAUGAUGAAGGCGAUGGAAUCCGGGGUAAAGAUGGUUAUCCUGGAGAAAGCGGAGGAAACGUUUUGUUUAUCACGGAUAAAAUAGAGAACUCGGCGUCUCUUAAAGUUAUAUCUAAUGGAGGAAAUGGUAGCAAUGGGCAGGACGGGGGAGAUGGAAGAGAUGGCCGCAAUGGAACGGGGAUCUCUAAAAACUCAAUCGAGGAGCGAUUUCCUCCUCCUUGUCGCUUCGCAGGUAAGGAGCAUGGUGGACGAGUAAAAAAAAUCAUUAGAAACAUUCAAAGCGCGGCCACAUCUGUAAAGACGGCAUGGAUUGAUGGGAGCACUCUUGGGUCCUUGGAUACAUUGAUUAGAAAUUAUAGCAAUCAAACCACUGUAAUUGCUGAUAUUUUUAUAGAAGCGAAAACGGAUGAGGGAAACGAAAUAGUAUUUUCAUCGAACUGUGGGUUUUUUAUAAGACAAUCAUUCUUUCUUUAUAAAGGAACUAAUGGAACCCCUGGUCAUAUCGGUGGUAGCUAUGGUCUUGGGGGUCAAGGCGGAUUUGGGGGUGGAAUAGUUAUAGAGCCAUUGAGUAAUUGCGACAAUCAAAUGGUCAUUCAAACAGAAGCUGUAGCGGGAACCAAUGGAAACCCAGGCAAGAAAGGAACAAACGGUAAACAAGGAAAAAAUGGGUGGGAUAUGGGGUAUCUAGACUAUUUAACAUGGGACUCACCGAUUUUUUGUGGCUCUUCCGAGGAUAAAAAAAUAACAUUGGAGCGUUCUGGAGAGUCUACCAGUUCGAACGUAUGGGCUGAGUACUAUGAUCGAUACGUGGGAUUUGAAGCAAUUAAAAAUGAACACUCGAAGCAAAGGACAUAUGAACAGAGUACAUCCUCAACAUGUCCCACCGAGCGUCAACAUCACGCUUUAGCUGUUAACAAGAAGACUCUCUCGAGACAAUCAAUUCUUGAUCAACAUUCGCAGCAAAUGAAUAGCUUGAUGGAAAGUAAGAUUGCAAAUACUUUAAAAACACAACAUGUAUUACACGACAUAGCUUCGAAAGCCACCAAAGUUAGCCAAACAUUGGCUAAACAGAUACAAAAUAAGAAGCAACAACGGAAAGAUUUCAAAAUGACACGUCAUUGUAAAUAUUUUGAAACAAGCGAGCAUUUAAUUGAUGAUUCAGAAGAAGAAUUGCUUUACUCCAGCAAGCAGGAGCAUAUGGAUAUGGAUGUACUUGUCGCUAGCCUCACUGAACGCACACCGGCAAUGCGUUACUGGUUUCAAUUAACAACUAUACAGCUCGGUAGCUUCGAGCUUAAUCGUUUACUUGAAGCAAUAAAAAAGAAUCACGUUUUGGGAGGAACAGUUGAAAUCAUCGAAACCUGGAAGAUGAUACAGAGCAUAAUAGAUGAAAAGUAUAGGCUGGCAGCAUUGAAUAAGAUUGCAGAAAUAUUCCCAACAUAUUUGAAUAUUACUGGUGACAUUAAAAUACAAGCGGAAAGUGCAGCAAAGUGUCUUCUUGUAGGUAGCAAUUUGGCGAGUUUUAGUGAUGACCCUUCCAGCACUUUGGAACAAUAUCUUUGGAAUGAAGAUAUUAGUCUGCGCAAAAAGGUAUUUCAAUACUGCAAAGAUACAAUCGAACAUAAAGAUUCAGUGUUCUGGAGUUUACUAGUGAGAACAUUUUUUAUUGAGCUUAAAAAUCCCUCAGAAAAAGUAAUCCAUUUGCAUGCUAAAUACCAUUUUUAUGCGCAAAAAUGUUCUCAAGGACAGAUUGUGUUUCGAGAAUCACUUCAAAAGCUCGACAAUCAAUGUCGUGAUAAUAAAAAUGUUAUGAAGGAACUAAAAAAGUUCUUGUUAGGAAAGGGACCUCUUUCAAAAAGUUAUCGACUGCUGCUGGCGAACAUGUUGAAGGUCAACAUAAGAACAUACAUUAAAAACGUUGAUGAUGAAAGCAUGUUUUCAUUGAGUGACGAGUACAAUCCAGAAGCCAAUGAAGCUAUUUAUCUUCUUUUAACAGAAGACGGAUUACAUGAAUUAUGCCUGAACAAAGCUCGUUUGGAAAUGGAAGUAGAAAGACGACUCAAAAGUCAAAUGUUCUAUAAAAUAUUGGCAGAAGUCGAACCUCUUCGUGGAAAGCAAGAGUUUGACGAUUACUUUCCUAAACUAUUGGAAUUCAUUAAAACAAUCAACGGUCUUACAAGCGAUGAUCUUCAUGAAAUCGAAACAAGUGACAAUAAACCAUCGGGCAAAGAAUUAGGAAAACGGCAAAGUGAAAAAGAUCUUCGAGACCAGCAUCUUUUGAAAUGUGCAUCCCUUGAAAAUCUUUCUGAAGAAAAUAUCGUUUUCAAUGGCAAAUCUUCCCUCUCGUGUCCUGACAUACUUAAAGCUUGUGAAUACACUGGAUUAUACUUAGAUCAAAUGGAGGAUCUUAAUGAGAUUAUUCAAUACUUUCCAGAGGAACGCGAAAAACAAGAAAUAAUAAUUAAAUUCCAUAAAAUUUCGCAAUAUAUUGGAUAUCCAGAAAUUGUGCACAACAUUCAAAGACGAUUCGCGUGCGAAGGUAGACAUGUAUCAUACGAGGAACUAUCGUGCUUGAUUAACUCAGUCUUGUCUAGCUUUAUCGAUCACGAAGAGCACUUAAAUAUUGUUUCCUGGAUUGUUGCUGCACAUUCGCAACAGCAUUGGAUCGAUGAGCUAUUGUUAAUGAAGAUUGAAGAUUACUUGAAAAUGCAGAUAAAGGAUAAAAAGGAAUGGAGAGCUCGUUUGUCGAAAAUCGAAAACAAGAAGCUGUUGGUGUUGCUUCACGAAAAGCUAGAAUCCUUGAAUCGGGGCUCGUCGGUCACCUAUCAGUGUUUUGCUGAUAUUUUCUUUCUUCUCAGCAAAAUUCCGCAUGAACCUUUGCAUUUAGAAUCCUCUGAACUAAGUGAGUGGCCAUAUGUUUUGAGAGAUAAGUAUUGGAUAUUUAAGCUUUCUACAUUAAUUGGUUCCCAAGUGGAUAAUUUCACAGACCUUUUGUACUAUCUGUUGUCUAUAGAAAACACUUAUGGAACUGAUUUGACGGAACAAUUAGUACAAUCACUGCAGAAAGUUAUAAAAUGCGAAAUGAUUCCACCGAGACAACUUGAGCGCAUUUUUUCCAAUUUUCAUAAUGAAAAAUGGAUUCUCAACGCGCAGGUUAUAGAAUCAAUAAGUGGAUCACAGUUGGACUCAUGGAUAAAAUCGAUGGAGACGCGGUUUACAUCGGAUGGAAAAGAGCGAACCAUGAAGCAGCUGAUUAAACUGAUAGAAAAUAAUGGAAAUACUUCGAAGAAUAUUAUGGAUGCUUUGCCAACAAUGUUAGUAUCCAUUUCUGAUACGUUAAAAGUGGAAAAGAUAAUAUUAACUAAAGACGAUUUAAAGAAAUGUGCAAAGUCAAUCAAAGAUGCUAUUCGUCUCAAGAACCAAUCCGUCAUUGAUUGCUUAGGUGAAAUACUAUACGUGAUUGAUAAAGCGAUUGAAUUAGAGCGUGGCUUCACUCUUCGUGAUCCUCAAAAGUUAGCUAUUUUAUGCUUAACAACAAAUCCACGAAACACACUUGCUCAGGUAUCUACUGGAGAAGGUAAAUCAUUGAUCGUCGUAGCAACCGCGAUCAUAAAGGCGCUUCAGGGCAAGAAGGUUCAUAUAGUUACCAGUUCAUCGGUGUUGGCCAAACGCGAUGCUGAAGAGAAUGCAAAGAUUUUUAACUUGUUUGAUGUGUAUGCUUCCCACAAUUGCAAUGAAGAUAUUGAAAAGCGGAAGGAAGCAUAUUCCAACAAUCAGGUGAUUUACGGUGAUUUGAGCAAUUUCCAACGAGAUUACCUUUUGGAUCGAUUCUACGGGAAGCGUGUGUUGGGAGAUCACGAUUUAGAGAACGUGAUCAUCGAUGAGGUAGAUAGUAUGUUACUGGAUAAAGGAAAUAAUAUGCUGUAUUUAUCGCACAAUCUCAGUGGAUUCGACAAGCUAGAACCAGUGUAUAUCUUUAUAUGGCAGUGGAUCAAUCGUCCAGCGGCCAAUAGUAAGGAAUUGUCAGCUGCCCUUGACACCAGCGCUAUCAAAGAAGCUGUUUUGGAUGAAAUCUAUAUAAGAAUCCCUAAAACAGAAAUUGAUGAGAUUCAUGUGCAAUUGAAAAAACAGGAAAAGCUUACAAUAUGGGCACGUAUGAUCGCAGCUGACAUAAUCGAUGAACGAGGCAACAUUUUAAAAGAAAACAUUACAGAAACAGACAUUGAUGGAAUUGUACCGUCGGAACUGGAAUGUGCUUCUUCAGUCAAGCAUCGUCUUCGAUACAUUUUAAACGAGUGUAUCGAUCGAGUAAGAUCCAUAGAUGUUCCGAAAUAUCUUAAACUCUUUGUAGAGCAACACUUGGAAAGCUGGAUUCGUAGUGCAGUCACGGCAUUUUUCAUGAAAAGUGGAGAAGAUUAUGUAGUAGAUUUAGACAAUACUGACACGAGUCAAGACCGCAAUCCCAACAUCAUCAUCAUCGACAGAGACACGGGAACAGAUAUGGCGAAUUCGCAAUGGGACGAAGCCCUUUAUCAGUUUUUACAGCUUAAGCAUGGUUGCAAACUUUCGCUUCAGAAUCUGAAAGCUGUUUUCAUAUCCAAUGUUUCCUACUUUAAAAAAUACAAAACAAUGAAUGGAUUAACGGGAACACUCGGUACAAAAAGGGACCGCGAUCUGUUGCAAGAAAUACACGACGUCGAUUACGUUAUCAUUCCCACGGCUCAGUCCAAACAAUUUCAUGAAGAAAAAUCCAUUGUAUGUACCAAUAAAGAAGAUUGGAAGAGUCAAAUACUAGAUGAAGCUCAGCAAAUCACAAAUGAGCAGAAGCGAUCGGUCUUGAUCAUAUGCGAAACAGUGAACGUUGUGAAUGAUCUGUGCCAACUGUUUGGGGGGCGUAAAGAAACACAUGUGCAUACCUACACGCGGGACUAUGAGCAGUUUGAAGUAGCUAAAGAUGACCAUAAACUAAAUCCUGGACAAAUUAUUAUUGCUACCAACCUGGCAGGACGUGGAACAGACAUUAAAAUAAGUGAAGAUUUGAAUAAGGCCGGUGGAUUACAUGUUGUGUUGACUUAUCUACCGAACAAUAUACGCAUAGAGCAACAAGCAUUUGGUCGUGCAGCAAGAAGUGGUGCGAAAGGAUCAGGCAAGUUAAUCAUCUUAAACUCAAAUGGGCAAGAAUGCGCUUGCACUAAAAUGUUGGAAUUGAAGAGAACUCGUCAUACACAAGACUUGAGCCGUUUAGCGGAAUGCAAAUUGUUUUACGAUGUCCAGAUUACAGCAGAAGAGGAAUGUUUCGAGAGAUUCAACGCGGAAUACGGGAGACUUAAGAGAGAUCUCACCGACAAACAGGUACCGAAACAAUUGCAAGACUUGUUGUUGGAAAGCUGCUUGGAUAAAUGGGCUUACUGGUUAGAUGAAAACAGUAAAUGGAUAAGUAUCAGUCACAACAGCCUAGGCAAAGCGAAAUAUCAAACUGCACUGAAAGCAUUCAUUCAACAAUUGAAACGUUUAUCAACGGGAGUAACAGAGUGUUCCAUUUUAGAUAAAGCCAAUCCAAAGAAGUUGUUACAGAAAUUCAAGUACGACAGUAACUUUUGGAUCAAAUGGGUUAAUAGUAAUCCACCACAAAUGGUCAAAUUGGGCAAGUAUCUCACGCAAAACCUAAAAGAGUUUGAAAACUGUUGUGAGGCUGCUAUCGAGCUUUUUGAUGAUGUUAUACGAGAGGAUCCCAAUUUUUCGGAGGUGGCUCGGUACUAUAAGGCAUCUUUAUUGAUAAAGCAAGUCGAGAGUGGUGGUGAGAUUAUUAUCAAUUCAGUGAAAACCGAAUUCAGAUUAGCCGCAAAAUUAUUUGAAAGGCGCAUUGAGCAACAUUCUAAAGCAGCUAGCAUCGUUGGUAACAUUAAGAGUAACAAUGCUGAAAGCCUCAUUCAAAUCAAUGCUUUUGAAGAUCAACAGCGCCAUUUCAUGGAACUCUAUAACGAGUUUAUAACAUCUAUAAACAACAUUUUGGGACACGCGGUAUCAUCCGAAUGUUUUAUAAGUCAAGUACCUUUGAUCAACGAACAGUUGGCAAAAGCAAUAUUUGCAGAGUUGCUUCACAACAAGGUUUUAAAACCUCCCAUGCUGGGCAAAAACUUCGCUGAAAAGGAUCUGAAAGUGAUAUGUGACGAGUAUGGAGUGCCUGUACACUUACUUCAAAAUUCUAUCACAGCAUGGAAGGGGAAACGGAUCAAUGAAAAGGACUUUAGAAAAGAUCUCGAGCAACGUAUUCCAAUUCCGAAUCGUCGUCAGUUUUGGAUGAUGCUGCUGGAACAGAAAGUUCUGUGCGACAACAAGCAAUAUGUGGCCAUUCGAAAGGGCAUUCUUGAUGGAAUUGAUUGCGAUUUAAUCAAAUCUUUGGGAGAAAAGGUUAAGAAAGAGCACAAGGAGAAUAUUCUAAACCUCGGUGGAGGGAAACAAGUGCUUUACGCCGAUUGGAGAGAGUUGGAGAAAGAUAAUGAAUUAAUCUUUGAAAACGAAUACUUUAGGGAUCUUGUUGGUCAAACGAAGUACGAGGAAUGGAAUGAAUUGGAAGCACUGUCGUUUAAUGAGAAGGCCAACAUAAACUGCAGCCACAUCGAGAACGUACGCUUCGAUGCUUUCGAUGACGUUCGACCGGAUCACUUUGCUAAUGUGGGCAUAGAUUUAUCAGAGGCGGAAGACAUUCUAGCCGAGCUAGUUAAACAAAACAUACUUGUUAAGGAUCCAGAAGCACGCGAUAAUGUUUACAGGCUAAAAGGCAAUCUAUCUGAAAUUGAUGAGGAACAAUUAACAUUCUUCGCUGGUUAUAAACAAAUUGUCAAACAGUUGUUAUCAUGUAGUUUCGCUUACAGAAUCGCGUUUGAUAAUAUAUUGAAAUGUGUGCAGGAAGGAAUCAGUCAGACGGAAUUGAGUUUAGUGGUUGACCCUCAUCGGGACUUGAUGGUGGAUCUUUUUGAAAAACAUAUUUUAAUCCAGUCCUCUGUGGAUUCAAGUGAAAAUGAUUUCGAUAAAGUGGUAGAAAAGAUAUGUAAAAAUAAUUCUAGCACGUGCUUAAAAAACCAAGCAAUCAUAAAAUAUGUCGCAAAUAUGCUAAGCAAUUUAAGCAGCAGCCUUGAAAGGAUGGAAAUGCCGGAUGGUGCUCUCAAACCACUCCCAGAGGUUUCGGGGGUUACGGAGGAGCAACAAAUAUUCGAACUAAAUGGAUUAGACUGUUUACUGCAGUGUGAAGAAAAGAAAUGGACCAAGAAAAUGCUUUUUAAUACAUUGUGUCUAUCAUGCAUUGCAGUUGGGCAGAUAGCACUUGGAAUUGUAACGUCUCCCUUAGUCGUUGGAUCCAGCUUUGUUGCGGAGGGUGUUAACGAUUUAAUAUUCGCUAUCCGGGCGAUGCAAACUGGUUACUUCAGUUGGACAAAUUAUUGGGAUCAAAAAUGGAAAAGUAUUCUAGUAACGGUAUGCACUGCAGGUAUUUUUUAUGCUGCCAAACAUUGCUUCAAAGUAUUGCGAUACGGAAUGAAAGCGUACAAGACUGUCUCGUUUGGUAAAGUCUCAAGCGCGUUCCAAGGCCAGCUAACGAAAAUCGCUGCCCAGAAAGAAAUAGCGAGCAUUACAAAACGGGUAAUAGUGGACGCUGCAAGUAGAAUAGCGAUGGCAGUUGGGUAUUCUGCCAUUGAAAAUAUUGUGCAAACGUAUCUGCGUUCACUAUGCAAAGAAAUUGGAUCUUCAAUGUCGUCAGACAUUGGCAAAGCCAUAGAAUCGCACUCUAUUGCCGCCACUCUACGGCAAGCAUUCGAUGCUCUAGGUGAAACAGAGGCUAGGAAAAUAAUCAAUGAUUGCUCGCUACGCUGUUUUAAUGAAAACUCAGAGGAUAACGUGUUUAAAUCAACCAUUGUAGAUAUCAGCAUCGGGUUGAACGGGAAAUGUAUGGAAGCUUUGGGUAAAACUCUGGCCGACGAAAAUAUCUGUAAUAAUCCGGCGAAGAUUAUUAGUACAUUAUCUACGUUGCUUACAUGGAGCGACCGAGUGUACCACUUAAGUAAGAUCAAAUCGGAAGCCAUUUUUGUGUUGGAUGAUCUAGAUAAAAGUAUUAAACAAACUCUUAAAAGCCAAACUAAUACGCAAAAAGAUGUUGCAGUAAAGCAAAAUAAUACAAACGCAACAAAAUAUGCAAGGUUCAAAAAAGAAAUGAUCGAUCAAUGGAAAGUUUCCUUCAACGAAAGGGUAGGCAAAGUCGUCGAAACUCAGCUGGUGACACCACUGCUUCAAUCAGCGGCCACGUACUUGACCAAAUCUGCAUUAAAAUUGCUGAUAUACACCAAGAAUCGGAUUAGAGGUCACAAAGAAAGAAAACAUCGCAAACAUUUCGAGAAAUUAAAACGGAAAUACAAGAAACAGAAAAAGAGGAUUCGCUUAUCAAAGGGUAGGAAAAAUAGAAAAAAUAUGAGAGCAAACAUUAAAAAACGGUAUCACAAGAGCUUACUCAAACUGAUGAUGAAAACACGAAGCCCCGAUUUAAUGGCCGAUCUGGUUAAAGAGAAUGUGCCCAUGGACUUUACGUGUGUUGCUGCCUGUCCUGUCCUUUUAAGCAAGAUAACAAUGGAACGAAAUAUCAAAAUCGUCGUCGAAGGACCUGAUGGUAAAGACCAUAAAUUCUCUUCCGAUGCCCAAAGCAGUACCGACGGAAAGAUCAUUCGAUUAAAGCUUAAUGACAAUCACUUUACCCUCUGCGAAGAAAAUAUGGCUCGGAAUGGGGAUUUCGAUGGCUCUAACAAUAGCUGUUUGUAUGUAGCAAUGAUGCAAGCCAUGCCAGAAAUGAACAUUUCGGCAAAAGAUUUUAGGAAAGCUGUAGCAAACUGCAUCCGAACGGACCCAGCCAUUCGUAGAUCUAUUGAAAAGGGCUACCAUCACAAACUACUUGCAGAAGGAUUCUUUGGAGGGAGAGCUCCAGAGAAAGAAAGAAACAUGCUGGAAACAGAAAAGAGCCAAAUGCAAGAUAAAACAGAGAAAGAAACAGGAACAGAUAAAAAGGAUUCAAUCAAAAAGAAAAUUAAAGCUGUUGGACGAAAAAUAACCAAUGUAAUUUUCCGAGAUGUCGAUUCAACAGAAUACGCUGAUGGAGAAGUGCAUGAUGGAGAUGAUCAUUUCGUGUGUCGUUUUAAACAAACUCUGUGUGCCAAAGGGGUGAUUGAUAGUGCAUUAUCAGAACACUCCGAUUUAGAUUAUGUAGUCACUGGCGGAGGAAGCAAAGGGCAGGAUCGAACCAGCGGCAAAGGUUCUGAAGGAAUAGAUGCUGCCCAUUUGCUCAGAACUGGCGGAAUCAAUCCCAAAUUGUUAAACACGGACCAUGGUGUUAUCUUGAAAAAUAUGAGUUACAAAACGCAAAAUGUAAAUCAAUGUUUUAAUCGCAGGAAAGUAGCAAAGGAUAUUGAUUCACUGCAAUCACAGUUUUUGAAGAAUUCGCCUCCAAUCAUUGUAAAUGGUGUUUUCAAUUCUUCCGCUAAUCAGUUGAAAAAGUUUAAAAAAGAUUAUGUGGCUAUCUUGGAAACAGGAAUUAAAUCCGAUCAUUCAAACGCACAGGUUUAUCAAAGCACCAUCGCUCAAAUUAAGUCAAUUGGUUUGAAAAAAAUGAAACGUGCGGUGCGAGAUGCUAGUAAUUUUGUUGGAAAAGUGGAAAACUACAUGCCAAACGCGUCUAAACCGAAUAAAUGUAAACCAGCUAAAACAAAAGUCAAGGAAAGCGAGAAACGCAAGCCCAAAAACGAGGAAUAGUCGUUAUAGAGAUUUUCAAAAGUAUUGAAAUUUAUGAAUCAAUGGAAGUUAAACUGACAAAGAUAUUGAUUUUAUACAAAUUGCGCCUCAUGCAUGGCUCAAUGCAUCUCGCUACUUUGAAGCGCAUUUCACAAAACCAAACGUUUUCAAAGACGGUGCCCAUCGUAGCAAAAAACAACUACAUCGACCGAUUUGAUAAGCACAAGCCCGUCGAGUCAUUAUAAAAAUUGAUUAAACAAAAACCGCAUGAAAUAUAUACCUUGUUAACCUUCAAACAG